AGAAUUAUUCGGCCACGUCACCACAUUCCAGCAACCGACUACAAGUGUCGCCGCCGCGCCAGUCGCCACCUCUAUGUUAUCUCCGCCACACACACUCACUCACUGCGCUCGGUGAGCUCCAUCAAUGGAGAAUCUCUCUGCAAUUUCCAGAAAUCCAUGCCUUAAUUCGUCGCCUCUUCGUCCUAAAACCGCCACAGCACUUCCGUUUUCUCCGGCGGAGCUGCCGAUCAGGAAAAAUUCGCGUCGAUAUUCUUCGGUGAAAGCUGCGUUGAACGCCAAUACAAUUAAUUCCCCAGCCGUUAAUGAGAAUGGCGAUGGGGUUGUUAUUGCCGAACCUAUUUACGAACGCACGCCUCGCAAUCGCCCCCUCCGAACCCCUCACAGCGGGUUUCACUUUGAUGGAACGGCACGGAAGUUUUUUGAGGGCUGGUAUUUCAAGGUUUCAAUUCCAGAAUACAGGCAAAGUUUUUGCUUCAUGUACUCUUUAGAGAACCCAGCAUUCUCUAAGAAGUUGAGCAGACUGGAGGAGGCACAGUACGGGCCGCGAUCAACUGGAAUUGGUGCUCAAAUUUUAGGGGCUGACGACAAGUUCAUCUGCCAGUUCUCUGAAGAAACAAAGAACUUUUGGGGAGACAGGGAUGAGUUAAUGCUUGGGAGUACUUUUGCGCCACAAAAGAAUAUGAAACCCCCAAAGAGAGAGAUCCCUCCGCAGGAGUUCAACAGCAGGGUUUUGGAGGGCUUCCAAGUUACCCCACUUUGGCACCAGGGUUCUAUUCGUGAUGAUGGAAGGAAUGAUUUUGCAGAAAUUGUAAAGACUGCACGCUGGGCCUACAGCACACGCCCUGUUUAUGGAUGGGGAAAUGUUGGGUCAAAACAGAAGUCAACAGCAGGAUGGCUUGCUGCUUUUCCUGUAUUUGAACCUCACUGGCAAAUAUGUAUGGCAGGCGGACUUUCAACAGGUUGGAUUGAGUGGGAUGAUAAAAGAUACAAGUUUAAAAAUGCUCCAUCAUAUUCUGAAAAGAACUGGGGUGGUGGCUUCCCUAGAAAGUGGUUCUGGGUGCAAUGCAAUGUCUUUAAAGGAGCGGAUGGUGAAGUUGCUUUGACUGCUGGUGGUGGAUUGAGACAGCUGCCGGGACUGGGUGAUACUUUUGAAAAUGCUGCACUGAUUGGAGUUCAUUAUGGCGGGGUUUUCUACGAGUUUGUACCAUGGAAUGGAGUGGUCAGCUGGGAAGUUGAUCCAUGGGGCCAUUGGUUCUUCUCUGCAGAGAAUGAAGCCUAUGCGGUGGAAUUAGAGGUCACUACCAAAGAUCCUGGUACACCAUUGCGCGCUCCCACCACAGAAUCUGGCUUUAGUCCAGCCUGCAAGGACACUUGUUUUGGUGAUCUAACAAUGCGACUGUGGGAAAAGCGUUAUGAUGGAACUGCAGGAAAGGUUAUUUUGGAUGUUACAAGCAACAUGGCAGCUGCAGAGGUCGGAGGAGGACCGUGGUUCUCGACAUGGAGAGGCAAGACCAGAAUGCCAGACCUUGUCACUAAUGUUAUUGGGCUUCCCGUUGACGUAGAGGGGCUUUUCGGUUUGGCUCCUUUCCUCAAACCCCCUGGCUUGUAAGUAGCAGCAUCGAUCACUUGCUUAGGCAGAGAAACAUAGUUGUAAAAAUACAUUCAUGCUGCAAAUCCUUCUAUAUCUUAUACUUUAUGUGAGUAUUAUUCGUGAAAAUCAUUCUCGUUUAGUUCAUGUAAGUAUUGAUCUUUUCGUUUCA